AUGGGCUUUAGCUAUGCCUUAGGGCGAAGGGCAUGGGAGAGGGCAAAGGAAAAGGAAAAGGAAAAAGGAAGAAAGGAAAAGGAAAAGGACGGGAAAAAGGGAGCAGGCGGAAAGAAAAAGGAAAAGGAACAAGGAAAAAGGCAAAGGCAAAAAAGGAAAAAAGGGAAAAGGAAAGGAAAGGAAGAGAAGAAAGGAGAGGCAUUAAAAACCUAUAAGGGCUGA